AUGCCUACCUCAAACGACAGCAACAACCCAAUUGGCUUCGUCACCUCGACCUUGGGAAACGGAGUCUCUGGAGUGGCCAAGACAGCUGGAGGCAUCGUCGGGGCCGCAGGCCGAGGCGUCGGGCAAACCGUUACCGGUGUAACGGGAAGCGCGGGAAAACCGGUCGGAGACGCGCUGGAGGCUGUAGGGAAUGGCGUGGAGGGAGGGGCCAAGAGCGUAGGAGAUGGGGUCGAGGAUGCUGGCAAGGGAAAGAAAGGAUUCUGGGUUUGA